UCCUACCAUCCCACAUCACAGCCCGGCGCCUUGCCACUAGUACAAAGGCGCUCCGCUCCCCGUCUCCCCUUCCCGGAACACGGCGACUCCACCACCACCACGACUACCGGCUGGAAAUGGCGGCCUCCUCCCCCUCCGCCCUCGCGCUCUCCACCACCACGCGGGUAGCUGGCUCGUCCGUGCUGCUUGCUGUGAGGCGGACGCCGGCGACGCGCGUGGCCGCCGUUCCCUCCGCCCAGCUCCGCGCGUGCUCCUGGGGGGCGCCGCUCCAUCUCCGGCCGGAGCUCGCCGCGGCCCCUGCCCCGUGCGCCGCCCGCUGCAGGGCGCCUCUGCUCCGGCCUCGCGCAUGGCUGUCGACGUCCCAGAUUGCCAGCUCCGCCUUCACCCUGGGCACCGUCGCCGUCCUCCCCUUCUACACGCUCAUGAUCGCCGCCCCCAACGCCAACAUCACUAAGCGCGCCGUGGAGAGCACCGCCCCCUACGUCGCCCUCGGCCUCCUCUACGCCUACCUGCUCUACCUCUCCUGGACCCCCGACACCAUCCGCGCCAUGUUCGCCAGCAAGUACUGGCUCCCGGAGUUGCCUGGCAUUGUGAGGAUGUUUGCGAGCGAGAUGACCGUCGCCUCCGCCUGGAUCCACCUCCUAGCCGUCGACCUCUUCGCCGCAAGGCAAGUGUACCAAGAUGGCAUCAAGAACAACAUCGAGACCAGGCAUUCGGUUUCGCUCUGCCUGCUCUUCUGCCCCAUCGGGAUCGCCGCUCACGCGCUCACUAAGGUACUGGCGGGUUCCACAGGUCGAUCACACUGACUGACGACCGAUUGCGUGUAGGCAGGCUCCCAUUGUUUAGAUGGCUCAGAUAGUGUGAUUCAGAUAUAUAUGAAUAAGAUUGAUUUGGUGCACCAUUUGUUCCAUAUAGACAUCACAUUGAUUAUUUUCACCCAAUCUAUUGGAAUUGGCUCGAGAAACUGAAUCUACUCGCCAUCAUGGGUUCAUAGAAAGGCUAGAACUGCUGAUUUGAUUUGUACUAUCUGAGUCCUGUUAUGAAGAAAUGUACAAGUAAUUUAUGUAAGAUCUCGGAUCAGCAAUGACACAAAUGUAAAGGAAUCAAA